AUGGCGCCCUACUCGCCAGUCCCAUAUCGACCUCCAGCUCAUCGCUCUCACAGCCGAGCGUCCACCCUCACUUUCGACGACAGACCCCAUCCUAGAUAUAGUGGACUGCUGGGAAAUCCCUCACGACGUAGCUCGGGACUUUUGUCAACAUGUACAGCGGCAGAAAGGCGAUGGCUCACUCUGCUGGCGUGUAUCGUGGCGGGCCUGAUCCUCUGGCUCUUGAUCGGACCUGCGAUGCUACAGCACCGACAUUUACAACAGGCAAAGCUCAAUCUCGAGCUCGAAGCAGAGGAAUCAUCGGCCUCAUCUCUGGCGGCCGAGGCGUCCACCACGCCUGCCAUUAUACCGUCCAGUCCAUCCUCUGAAACCGCCGCAUCUCCAUCCGCCACAGAUACCAUUACAGGUUCAAAUAGCCUCACAACUGUCUAUGUUGAUCCAGCAAUCCUAAGCACAGCCACUGUCUCCAAGUCUACCAUCGCCAGCUUCGUGUCACCAUCACCCACCCUGCAUCCAUGGGCUGCCCUGAACAGCGUCUUCGCGCCUACCACCACAUACCAAGCCAUCAUGCCUUCCCGUCGAGCCAAAAGCAAAACGAGACCAUUUGAACCACCAAAGCCGACUGUCAAAGCACCAUGGAUCAAAGUCGGACCUAUGAUGAGAGCGGUCCAUUCAGCUCGUUCGGCGUCGAGCAAAGCCGCUGCAACGGGCGGGAAAUGGAUACCGGAUAGGAAGAUCAAAUACGCCGAUAUCGCCGCUACCACCUCCACAAUCAGGCCCAGCGCAAGUGCCAGGGUCUGGAUGAGCAGGAAGCGUUAG